AAGACAUGUUGGAACAUCGAUUAAGCCGUUGGAAUGUUGGAAUGCAAAAGCAAGCGAUGGAAUAACCAGGCGAAAAAAAGAAGAGAUAUGUAGAAAAAGUAAAUCGGUUGGAGCAAGGAAAGUAGCAGCAGUUAAAGUCUAAGGCUGGAAGACUCUAGAUAGGCGGAUGGCGUGCUUGCUGGCCCACGCCGGAAGUCGCGUGUCGACGUCGACCAUGCCACCACCGUACCACCUUCUGCUCCCCACCAUCGUAGUAGUUUUCUCAGCUCCACCGAACCACCACUGCCACCGCUGCUACCACCACCGAGUUCACCACCGCAUUUUCUUAACAUUCAACGAGGCGAGGACUACAGUAGCUAGUCGGUUAGGCAAGGUUGAAUCGAGUUGUUGGUUGCUAGUGUUACCCCGUGGAUUCGCGCACUACCGUGACAGUGAUUGGUCGAUCCUGCUCGAGCAGCGAGAGGGUCGAGGGAAGGCAACCCUUCGCAAGCUACGUAACGUCUUCAGAAUCGUUAGGGUGUACGGUUAGCACGCAUCCGAGCAACCGAGUCGCUCGAUCUCCGAUUCUAUCAUCGGUUUAUUUUCUCAUUUCAUCAUCGAUUCUCGAGAAAUAUCGGGGAAAAGAACGUAAUCAUUUAUCGGUAAUCAUUUAACGGCUUUCAAGUAUCAAGAAAAGAAAAAGCGAAGACGUAAAUUUUCAAGUGGCAAACGAAGUCGUUGUUCGACUGUGAAACAUGUCGGGGCUCUACGAUGAAAGAGCGUACGGAGUACCAUGAGCAGUAACAGUAAGAAGACAUCGGGUGGGAAGGACGAAAAGAAGAAUCCCUCCAGCAAGGAAGAGAGUCCCGUAAACAAAGAUGAAGCCGGAGGAUCGGCGUCGGUGGGAAGCACCGGCGGAGCAACGAGCGCGGAUGGAACGCAACCUGGAAGUAAACCUGGAUCUGCUGGAGCAACCAGCAGGGAAGCAGCACAAAAGCUCCUCGGGCUUGCCGCGCGUGGAGAAUGGGCACCGGUGGACCAGCUGCUCAAAUCUCUGGAAAAGGCGGUGCAAAAUGUUGGAGAGGAUGGUCCCCUCGCUCCUCUUGCCAGUAUCAUGGAUCCGGACAAUUACAAUGCUCUUCACAUCGCGGCUAUGUACUCCAGGGAGGAUGUUGUUAAAUUGCUUCUGUCAAAACGUGGUGUCGACCCUUAUGCCACAGGAGGACCUAGGCAACAAACUGCUGUACAUUUGGUUGCAUCCAGGCAAACAGGUACAGCGACUUCUAUUUUACGAGCAUUACUGGCUGCCGCCGGUCGGGACAUUAGGUUGAAAGUUGAUGGGAAAGGGAAGAUACCUUUGCUGCUGGCAGUGGAAGCUGGGAAUCAAUCGAUGUGCAGAGAAUUGUUGUCUCAACAGGCACCGGAUCAACUCCGUGCCACUACCACCAUAGGUGACUCGGCUCUUCAUCUGGCGGCUAGAAGAAGAGACAUCGACAUGGUGCGAAUAUUGGUGGACUACGGAACGGCUGUGGAUAUGCAAAACGGCGAUGGACAAACUGCACUGCAUAUAGCGAGCGCGGAGGGUGACGAAACCCUCGUCAAAUAUUUUUACGGUGUCAGAGCAUCAGCCUCCAUCACCGAUCAUCAGGAUCGUACCCCGAUGCAUCUGGCAGCAGAGAACGGACACGCUUCCAUUAUUGAAUUGCUGGCCGACAAAUUCAAAGCCAGUAUAUUUGAGAGAACGAAGGACGGGUCGACAUUGAUGCAUAUAGCGUCGUUGAAUGGCCACUCGGAAUGCGCGACGAUGCUCUUCAAGAAGGGCGUCUACUUGCACAUGCCGAAUAAACGUGGUGCCCGGUCGAUUCACACGGCAGCCAAGUACGGUCAUGUCGGCAUCAUAAGCACUCUUUUGCAACGAGGUGAAAAGGUGGACGCGACUACGAACGACAAUUAUACGGCACUGCAUAUAGCCGUGGAGAAUGCAAAACCUGCGGUAGUAGAGACUCUAUUAGGAUACGGAGCUGAAGUUCACGUUCGAGGAGGAAAGCUUCGAGAAACACCUCUCCAUAUAGCAGCCAGAGUUCCUGAUGGUGACAGAUGUGCUCUGAUGUUACUAAAAUCUGGUGCAGGACCAAAUUUAACUACCGACGAUGGUCAGACACCUGUGCACGUAGCGGCGAGCCAUGGCAACUUGGCAACGUUAUUGCUCCUUCUGGAGGAUGGUGGGGACCCCAUGUACAAAUCCAAGAACGGAGAAACACCGCUGCACUUGGCCUGUAGGGGGUGCAAGGCCGACGUGGUACGACACUUGAUCGAGUUCGUGAAAGGAAAGAAAGGUGCAGAAACAGCGACCGCCUAUGUCAACAGUUUGACAAACGAAGGAGCGAGUGCGCUACAUCACGCCGCACAGAUUGAACCGGCGGAAGUUGGAACACCCGGUGACGACCGUGCUGUUAUUCGAGCUCUUCUGGACGGUGGAGCAGAUGUUUCGCUCCAGACGAAACAGGCUCAAGAAUCUGCGUUCCAUCAUUGCGCGUUAGCUGGAAACAAUGAAGUCCUAUCAGAAAUGAUAAGUGGUAUGUCAGCUACGGAAGUACAGAAAGCUCUAAAUCGUCAAAGUGCCGUCGGAUGGACUCCGUUGCUAAUCGCUGCUCAUCGUGGCCAUAUGGAGCUAGUGACCACGCUGCUGGCAAAUCACGCAAGAGUAGACGUAUUCGAUCUGGAAGGUAGAUCUGCUCUUCACCUGGCUGCCGAGCACGGCUAUCUACAAGUCUGCGAUGCGUUACUGGCAAACAAAGCGUUUAUAAACUCCAAAUCCAGAGUCGGUAGAACGGCAUUGCAUUUGGCAGCGAUGAACGGCUACUCGCAUCUCGUCAAGUUUCUCGUGCAGGACCACGGGGCUGCGAUAGACGUUCUUACGCUGAGAAAGCAGACACCUCUUCAUUUGGCAGCUGGCGCUGGCCAAUUGGAAGUGUGCAAGCUUCUACUCGAACUCGGGGCAAGUAUAGACGCGACGGAUGAUCAAGGCCAGAAGCCGAUUCAUGCUGCAGCCAUGAACAAUUAUGCAGAGGUUGCCCAGCUGUUCCUUCAAAGGCAUCCGAGCCUAGUGAUGGCAUGUACCAAAGAUGGAAACACUUGCGCCCAUAUAGCGGCAAUGCAAGGCAGCGUACGUGUGAUCGAGGAGCUAAUGAAAUUCGAUCGGCAAGGUGUCAUCUCUGCGAGAAACAAGUUAACCGAAGCGACGCCGCUUCAGCUGGCGGCUGAAGGAGGGCACGCCGAAGUUGUUAAAGCGUUAGUCAGAGCGGGCGCCUCAUGUGCCGAUGAGAAUCGGGCGGGAUUUACCGCGGUCCAUUUGGCCGCACAACAUGGACAUGGCCAGGUAUUGGAGGUGAUGCGAUCUUCUCAAUCUCUUCGUAUAUCCAGCAAGAAGCUUGGGGUUACCGCUCUUCACGUUGCCGCUUACUUUGGUCAAGCUGAUACCGUACGGGAAUUGUUAACUCACGUGCCUGGGACAGUGAAGUCCGAUCCCCCAACUGGUGGCUCUCUAGUAGGAGAACUAGGAAGUGAAUCUGGAAUGACACCGUUACAUCUGGCUGCUUAUUCCGGAAAUGAAAACGUCGUACGAUUACUGUUGAACUCGGCUGGUGUACAGGUGGAGGCAGCGACCACAGAAAACGGUUUCAAUCCCCUUCAUCUGGCCUGUUUCGGAGGUCACAUCACGGUAGUGGGUCUUUUAUUGAGCAGAUCGGCAGAAUUGUUGCACAGCUCGGAUCGAUACGGUAAAACCGGCCUCCACAUCGCCGCGACUCACGGCCACUACCAGAUGGUUGAGGUUCUUCUCGGCCAAGGAGCAGAAAUAAACGCAACCGAUAAAAACGGCUGGACGCCGUUGCACUGCGCCGCUCGCGCUGGCUAUCUUGAUGUUGUUAAAUUGCUGGUCGAAAGCGGGGCCUCGCCGAAGAGCGAAACCAAUCUCGGAAGCGCGCCGAUUUGGUUCGCCGCCUCGGAGGGCCAUAACGAUGUGCUCAAGUAUCUCAUGGAGAAAGAGCACGAUACAUACGCCUUGAUGGAGGACAAGAGGUUCGUCUAUAACAUGAUGGUCUGCAGUAAGAGCAACAACAAUAAACCGAUCGAGGAAUUCGUGCUGGUAUCGCCGGCACCGGUAGACACGGCAGCGAAGCUUUCCAAUAUCUACAUGAAAUUGUCAGAGAAGGAAAAGGAGAGAGCUAAAGACUUGAUAGCCGCCGGCAAACAAUGCGAAGCGAUGGCCACGGAAUUGUUAGCUCUGGCCGCAGGCGCUGACUCGGCUGGAAGGAUUCUUACUUCGAUGGACCGCAGAAACAUGGAAUUCUUGGACGUUCUGAUCGAGAACGAGCAGAAGGAAGUGAUUGCGCAUACGGUGGUGCAGCGGUAUCUUCAAGAAUUGUGGCAGGGCAGCUUGAACUGGAACGCCUUUAGAACGAUCCUUCUAUUUAUCGCAUUUCUUAUCUGUCCGCCAGUCUGGGUGGUAUUCGCUCUUCCACUCGGUCAUAAGUACAACAACGUUCCCAUUAUAAAAUUCAUGUCGUACCUUACGUCUCACAUAUAUCUGAUGGUCUUCCUUUUACUGGUCGGUAUAAUUCCUAUAUAUCCGGUAGUAAGAGCCAGCCUGUUACCGUACUGGUAUGAAUGGUGUCUUCUUGUAAUGCUGUCCGGACUGUUGCUCUUCGAGCUGACUAAUCCCAGUGACAAGAGCGGAUUAGGCUGGAUCAAGUUGGCAGUGCUACUAUUCGGCAUCUGUGGAGUCGCAUUCCAUCUGAUGGGCUUCGUGCUCGUUCAACGACCCUACUGGCCAACUUUACUUUACCUUAGGAAUCAACUAUUCGCCCUGAGCUUCUUACUUGCCUGUGUACAGAUCCUCGACUUCCUCUCGUUUCAUCAUCUGUUUGGACCGUGGGCGAUCAUCAUCGGUAACCUGAUGAAGGAUCUCGCGAGAUUUCUCGCAGUGUUGGCCAUCUUUGUGUUUGGUUUCUCGAUGCACUUUGUUGCGCUGAACCAAGCCUUUAAGAACCAAUCGAUUUCGGAAAUACGCAGCGACGAGAAAAAGAGAAAGGGCGCCUUCUACGACGGUAAAACGACCACCGCCCCAUCGCCUCUUAACUUGCUCACUACUUGGAUCGUGUACUUCAUCAAGGUGUGCAAGCAACACGCUGCGAAACGAAAACGUCCCUCGUUAGUCCAUAUGAUGGGACUUCAGCGAGGUGACCGUCUUUCACCUAGAUCGAAAAUGGGUGCGAAAUGGCUGGCCAAAGUGAAGAAAGGUCAAGUCAGACCAAAAGAUAGUGUAACUUUAUCCGUGGUACAUUUGAGUCCCCUUGGAAGUCAAUUGUCUUUCAAUAGUGCUACACGAAUAGAGAGCGUAGUCGAUUGGGACUCGAUUCGUAAAAAAUAUUUGGCUCUGUCCGGGAACGAGCCCGAAAAAGAAGCAGAUAAGGAUGCCAAAAACGAGGAUGACGAAAACGAGGAUGAUAAUGCACCGACUGCUUCUAACUCCUCUACGGUACCAACAACUACGACACCACCCAUCUAG